AUGCCUCAACAUUAUUAUCUGCCGUAUCUCUCACAGACCGAAUCAUGCGACUCUUCCAUUGACCAACCGACGGAACGUCGCAAACCUCGGUGGCAUGAAGCCUCUAAUCGAUCUCUCCAUCAGGGCUCAGAGCUCGGUUUCCAGACUAUGCCGGUGUCACUACCUGACUCUCAACGGCCUAAGCGGCCCCAAUGCCAUCAGAAAAAUGACCAAAUAGAGCCUGAUUCCAUCCGUCUAGCAUCAGACCACUCUAGCAUGAUUACUUCGUUCUGCCUGGCCGACGCUAAGCUUGAGCCGGUGACCACUUGGCUCAGUCGGACGAGGCAGUGCGUUGCCAACCAAUCAGUUAACAUCUCAACCGCUUCUAGGCUUGCUGAUAAUGCUGCUACUGAACCACGAAGAAGCCGUCUUCGUCGAGGUGAACGACGUGAAAACAAUGAAGGAAUUUAUUUACCAUUUUGGAUGUCCUGCCAGGUUACCUUAGUGGUGAUUCGA